AUGGGGGCAUACAGAGCCGAUGACGAUUACGAUUAUCUAUUCAAAGUGGUUUUGAUCGGUGAUUCAGGUGUUGGUAAAUCAAAUCUUCUUUCCAGAUUCACAAAGAACGAAUUCAGCCUCGAAUCUAAAUCCACCAUUGGCGUUGAAUUCGCUACCAGAAGCAUUCGUGUUGAUGAUAAGGUUGUUAAAGCUCAGAUUUGGGAUACUGCCGGUCAAGAAAGGUACCGAGCAAUUACGAGUGCUUAUUAUCGUGGAGCUGUUGGCGCUUUAUUAGUCUAUGAUGUUACCCGCCACGUAACAUUUGAAAACGUGGAGAGAUGGCUAAAAGAGCUCAGAGAUCACACAGAUACCAACAUUGUCGUGAUGCUUGUAGGCAACAAAGCAGACCUGCGACAUUUAAGAGCAGUUUCGACAGAAGAUUCUACAUCUUUUGCUGAACGGGAGAAUACAUUUUUCAUGGAGACGUCUGCCCUUGAGUCGUUGAACGUUGAAAGUGCCUUCACAGAAGUGUUGACACAGAUAUACCGCGUUGUAAGCAAGAAGGCCCUUGAGAUUGGCGAUGAUCCAGCUGCUUUACCUAAAGGACAGACGAUCAAUGUUGGUUCCCGUGAUGAUGUAUCGGCUGUGAAGAAAGGAGGAUGUUGUUCCGCUUGA